GUUUCGCCCCACACUCGUCGGUCAACUUCCAGCGUAAAUGCGUGCGCUCUGUCACGUCCACAUUCAUUCACACAAGUUCAAGCAAGAAACACAACAAGUUAACUAUUUUGUUAUUUAGCUUAAUCAACAAAGUUUGUAGUAGUUUUUAACUGGAGAUGUUCUCGCGAGUUUUUCGUACGGUCGCCGAUGGCCGCGGUCGGCGAAUUUGGAGCGUUGUAGGUAUUGGCGUGGCCGCCGGGGGCACCAUUGCGACAUACUUGCAUCAGCGGGGCGAGGUUCAAAUGGCGGCCGGUUACGGGAGGCGGUUCAUGGCGGAACCGAUUACGCCGAAGGAAGUGCUGGCAUCCAAGGACAUGAAGGCUCAGAUGGAGCUGUUGAUCAUGAAGAUUCAGGCGGACUUUUGCAACGCGCUCGAGGGGGAGGAGAACUUUGGCAAGAAGUUUACCGUUGACCGGUGGGAACGUAGUGAGGGUGGGGGUGGAAUCACGUGUGUGCUUCAGGAUGGGGACGUGUUUGAAAAGGCCGGGGUGAACAUUUCCGUGGUGCACGGGAAUCUACCGAAGGGAGCGAUCCAACAGAUGAGAUCGCGGGGGAAACAGCUGGCGGACGGAGAGUUGCCGUUCUUUGCUGCCGGCGUUAGUGCCGUCAUUCAUCCGCGGAAUCCGAUGGUGCCAACGAUUCACUUCAACUACCGCUACUUUGAGGUGACCGACUCGCAGGGUACUAAGCAGUGGUGGUUCGGAGGUGGAACCGACUUGACGCCAUACUACCUGAACGAAGAGGACGCGAUCCACUUCCACCGGACGUUGAAGGAAGCCUGCGACGAGCACGACAGCUCGUACUAUCCCAAGUUCAAGGCCUGGUGCGACAAGUACUUCUUCAUUCCCCAUCGCAACGAGUGCCGCGGAGUCGGAGGUAUCUUCUUCGAUGACCUUGACGAGCCCGACCAGGAGAGCGCGUUCAACUUCGUUUCGUCGUGCGCCCACUCCGUCAUCCCGUCGUAUCUGCCGCUGGUGAAGAAACACAAGAACGAAGCCUACGGAGACCGCGAACGCCAGUGGCAACUGCUGCGAAGGGGACGGUACGUCGAGUUCAACCUGAUCUACGAUCGCGGAACCAAGUUUGGUCUGUACACGCCCGGUGCACGCUACGAAAGUAUCCUGAUGUCGCUGCCACUGACGGCGAAAUGGGAAUACAUGAACCUGCCCCCAGCGGACAGCAAGGAGAGUGAGAUUACACACGUACUGAAAAACCCGAAAGAGUGGUUACAGAUGCCUCAGAAACAAUAAGCAUUUAUUCCUGUUGAUUUUUUUUAUACAAACCUGCAAUUAAAGUUUACUUCAAGAAGUUCAA